GUUGUAUUGGUAUAGGUGUCUAUAUCAAUGUAGAAGUAAAGCCAAUGAAUUUCCUGCUUGGAUAGUUUACCAAGGUGUAUAUUUAAUAUAAGCCUCCAUUAUUGUGUCCUGUUUUACGCUUAUAUAAUUUGUUUGAACAAUUUUGUUUUCCAGCGAAGUGAAUCAAUUUGGAUUUAUUUUGAAUGUGACAUUUUAAGGAUAUUUAUCAGAUUUGGGAGGAGUACAAUGGAACUGGAGUAAGCCAGCUAGGAAUAUCCAGAGUGAAAGAGUAGGAGGUUUUAUCAGUAAAUUCGGGUGAGGCACAAGUACCUAAACAACAACAUUUUACUGCGCCUCUGUCAGAAAGAGUGUGGUACAGGGUCUGUUGUACUGAAAUAUUGACAACAAUAGGCGCCUAGUUGGAUACAUGGAUAUGUGAAGGGAUGCCAGGAUGCACAAUAAUAUGACAUAUACAUAUCAGUGUGACUCAAAACACGUUCUGAUAUGUUUAAUAAACAAUCCACAGUGAAAAUGCAAUUGGUUUAAUAUCUAGUGGAAAUCUGCAACAUUUGCACAUUAUUUUGAAAAGAAAACAAGUUAUAUUUUGCAAACUCUGAUUCCAUAUUGUGUGUCUGAAGAUUUUUGCUACUCUAAUUCAACUCUGGAUUAAUUUAACAUUUUGGAUUUAAGCUGCUAAAGCUGCAACUGUACAAAGGUGAUAGAAUGCAAUCCUGGCGAGGGAGGCUUUGCCUCACCUGUAUCCUGGCUGCCCUGUGCAUUGUCAGCUCCAUAGAGGGAACCGAUCCCGGUGAGUACAACUCUGACUGCAAGCAGAACAGUGACUGUCAGCUGGGGUUUGUGUGCAUCAUGGGCACAUGUACCUGCGAGAGCUCCUUUGUCUACGACAUGUCCUCCAGGAGGUGCAAGAAAGUGUGCCGUGGUUCCUCAGAGGGCUUUGUGAGACACGGCUCAUUCGACCACCAGUAUGCCAUCUUGAAAAACCGCUACACCAACUGCUCCUACGUCGACGGCAACCUUGAACUAACGGCCCUCGAGAGGCCCUUCGACCUCGGAUUCCUUAAAGACAUAGAAGAGGUCGACGGUUAUGUCUUUAUCGUUAAUGUGUUUUCAAAUUACCUCAACCUGACCAAACUGCGGAUUAUACGAGGCAAAGAGCUGUUUAAGUACAACAACGAAAGUUACAGCCUCUAUGUGGCUCUGAAUAACAACCCAAAUAACGAUUCUCAGGGUAUACUGGAGCUUCAGUUCCUGAGCCUGUCAGAAAUUGUCCGUGGCAAAGUGUUUUUCCAGAAUAACAACCUGCUUUGCUUCGUGAACACAAUAGAGUGGACAGACAUCAAUACAAACACGCUACCAGCUGUAAAUAUUGUUCAGACUAACCAGCAUUUUAGACGGCAAUGUCCACCAUGCCCAGCAGAAUGUUUCAACAAGAAGACUGGAGAAUACCACUGUUGGGGAAGUGGAAAUGGGAUGUGCCAGAAAUUGAACUACAUCAAGAAGGUGUGCUCUGAGUCGUGCGAUGGUCGAUGUUUUGGUGAUCAACAGAACCAAUGCUGUCACCCGGAGUGUGCUGCAGGCUGUACGGGGCCCAAGAAAACAGAAUGCCUGGCCUGCAAGAAUUUCUACAACGAGGGCUCCUGCGACCGACAUUGUCCCCUGAUGACAUUCUACAACCCAGUAGAAAUGAGGUGGGAAAACAACCCGCUGGGGCGAUAUGCAUUUGGAUCACUUUGUGUGAAGGAAUGUCCAUUGUACCUGGUGAAGGAUCAGAACGCAUGCGUGUUGAAAUGUCCCAAAGACAAACAGCCAGAUCCGCAAACCAACAUCUGUGAGAAGUGUGAUGGACCAUGCAAGAAAAACUGCAUUGGUACACCUGAUUUCCUGAACAGCAAUAACAUUGAACAGUUUCGUGGCUGUACUGUCAUAGAUGGAAACUUGAUCAUCCUUAAAGUGUCCUUUGAAGUUGAUACCCAUUUGAAUACAACCCCAUUGACGCUUGAACACCUGUCAAUUCUGAAAGACGUGAGAGAAAUCAACGGCUAUCUGUCCGUCCAGGAACUGCCAAAGGAAGCUGACAGUCUCUCGUUUCUGUCUGGUUUAGAGAUAAUACAUGGCCGCUUUCUCACGUCAACUGGCCAUGCAUUAAAUAUUCUUAAAACGGAGAGCAUAGAGUACCUUGGACUAGUAUCGUUGCGUCAAAUUCGCAACGGGGGUACCAUAAUUAUGUUCAACAGAGACAUGUGUUACUUAAAUGAUUUGGACAUGAGUAUUAUACACCUAAACCCAAAACAGAAAUUAAUUCAGAGAAACAACAAAAUUCAAACAGAAUGCGAGGCCGAGAACAAGCGAUGUGAUCCGGAGUGCUCGGAGCACGGCUGUUGGGGCCCAGGGCCUGGCAUGUGCCUCCGCUGCAGGAACAAGCGGCUGGAGGGCAGCAACAAGUGUGUGACCAGCUGCGAUGAUGAGGAGAUGCAGUAUGAGGUGCCGGGCAACAUGUGCCGGAGCUGUGAUGAGCAGUGUGCGGUUGGAUGUCAUGGGCCGAAUGCCACCCAGUGUACAGCCUGCAAGUACGUGAAAUUCCUUGGCCUGAACAACACGUCAGAGUGCAUGAGUGAGUGCCCAGCUCCCACGCUUACGGCCCCUUACUUUUACCCAGAUGAGACCAAGAUUUGUCGACAGUGUGACCCAUCUUGUGAUGAGGGAUGUACAGGGAACCAGACACAUGUUGGUUUUGGAGGCUGCAAAACUUGUGUUCUGGCUAUAAAUAGAACUCAGGAGAACGAUACGGUCCGUUGCAUUCCCAAGGAUCAAGAAAAUUGCCCUGACGGGUACUUUUCAACACAGUAUAAAGCAGAUGUGCCGAAUCAUCCCUUGAACAAGAAACAGGUGUGCCAGCCAUGUGACCACCUUUGCCUGACAUGUACCACAGAAGGCGUGGCUAACUGUCCCCUGUGUCGGUACUACCGCUCAGGCAUUCAUGGCAGUUCCACGUGUGUCAAGGAAUGUCCCAUCUACCACUUCAACAACAGCCUCACCAGGACGUGCGACAAAUGUAAUGACCAGUGCCUGGGGGACAUAAAAGGAGAGUGUCACGGGCCCACCUCCAGGGAUUGUAACAAUUGCCAGAAAUAUAAGAUCAUCUACGCCGAGAAUAACACUUUUGAGUGUGUUACUGAGUGCCCUGCCUAUUUACCUGAGCUAGUUGAGGACACUGUAGAGGACCGCCAAACGAUGACCGUGUGUGCAGGUGGGGACCACCCCAUCGUGCAAACCAGGCUCAAACAGAGCAAAGAAGAGGAGAGGAAGAGGAUUUUGACUAUUGCCAUACCAACCACAGCAGGCAUCAUCAUCCUGGGACUACUAUUGGCCCUGUUUGGCUACUACUGGCGACAACGGGAGCAGGCCAAGGAGAACACCAUAAAACUCACAUCACAGAUGCUGGGAGGGCUGCCUGAGUCAGAGCCUCUCACGCCCUCGGAUGCCAAACCAGAUCUUUCCAAACUAAGAUUGAUAAAAGAGUCAGAGCUGCGUAGGGGUGGAAUUAUUGGAUCAGGAGCUUUUGGAACUGUGUACAAGGGUUUCUACAUCCCCACGGGAGAGAAUGUGAAGAUCCCUGUGGCUAUCAAGGUGCUGCAGGAGGGAACAUCGCCGAAUCAGAAUCAAGAGCUCCUUGAGGAGGCCAGGGUCAUGGCCUCUGUGGACCAUCCUUGCUGUAUCCGUAUACUGGCUGUGUGCAUGGCAUCACAGAUGAUGCUGAUCACUCAGCUGAUGCCCCUCGGCUGCCUGCUGGAGUACAUAAAAAAGCACAAGGAGAACACCGGCUCCAAGGCCCUCCUCAACUGGUGUACCCAGAUUGCAAGGGGCAUGGGUUAUCUGGAGGAAAGAGGCAUUGUUCACAGAGAUCUUGCUGCAAGAAAUGUUUUGGUUCAAUCAGCACAGCUGGUGAAGAUCACAGACUUUGGUCUUGCCAAGCUCCUCGAGUAUGAUGAAGACCAUUUCCAGUCUUCUGGAGGCAAGAUGCCGAUCAAGUGGCUGGCACUGGAGUGUAUCCAGAAUAGAAUCUUCACACAUAAGUCAGAUGUGUGGAGCUUUGGUGUUACAGUGUGGGAGCUGUUCACAUACGGAGGUCGGCCAUACGAGUCUGUGAGGGCAAGGGACGUGCCAGAACUGCUGGAGAAGGGGGAGCGACUCCCCCAGCCCCCGAUAUGCACCAUAGACGUCUACAUGAUCAUGAUCAAAUGCUGGAUGUUAGAUGCAGAGAGCCGUCCAUCAUUCUCCGAACUUGCAGAGGAGUUUGCAAAAAUGGCACGUGACCCAGGACGCUACCUCGUUAUACAGGGGGAUGAGUUGAAGAAAAUCCCGUCCGAGGAACUGUUAGACUCCUCAAGUAAAAACCACCUCGGGAAUCUCAUCAAUUUAGAGGGAGACACGCUGAUGCGAUUACCAAGCAUCUCGUACGAUAAAGAUGAGCUUGCACGACACCUCAGUGUGGCCGGUGACGGGGAUGAGAUUGUCAUUGAGGCUGAUGAGUAUCUCCAGCCUGCGCCGCCACCACCUCUGGAGGCCGAGAACAACAACUUCAAGCAACCAAUCAGUCCUGGGGCGUCCAAUCGUCCCUGGAGAGAGAAGCGUUACGGUCACUUGGAGUCUGCAGCCGCUGCUAAGCAACACAGGGACCUGUCACCUAACAGCCGUCUCCGUGGAGACAGCAUAGCGGGGCGGUACAGCUCCGACCCAGUAAUCAAGACAUCACGGCCACCCAGAGAUACUGUAGAUGGUCCAGUGCUCUUCAGGAAGUCCCCUACAAGUCCCUCAGACAGCGCCCCGCCCCCUAGAUACGCCCCCUACCAACAGGGGCUGGACUUUGCCAGGGUACAACUACCUCUUGAUGAGGAUGACUAUCUGCAGCCCAAGUCUGCCAACCCAAAGGCCUACCUUGAGCUAGAGAACAAUAGAGACUACUACCUGAACGAUCGUCAGAUGUCUCAUCCGUCAGACAGGAGCGACAACAGCGCCCCAGACGACUACCUUCUCCCCAGCCCAGUCCCUCACAUGUUCGAAAAUCCUGAAUACUUUGAUGGGGAUGGUUCUGACAGUGUCUUUGACAUGCAAAAAUCCCCACCGCACUUCAAUAAUCGUGGCAUGAGAAUAAGUGGCGUGAAUGGCGCAAAACCAAAAACAGCUCCUAAGCCUAAACGCUUGACUGAUUAUUAUAAUGACCCCAAAGUUAUUACGGAGCCCGCUAAUCACCGUUUAUUAUCAAACUCUUCAAAUUGCUCAAGUGCCGUCUAGUGAGAAAACUUUAGUUGGUGUUAAGAAUGUCAUAUAAAUAUUGUAUAGAAACUAUUGUGAUAAUUUUAAGAAUAAACCAUGGUUGUUGUGUUGUUAAACUGAUGAAUCUUCUGUUAGAAGUUUGGCAAGCAAUAUGUUGUGAUGUUUGAAACAAAUAUUAAGGAUAUGUGAAAUAUUUGACCUUUUAUUCAAGGGAAUUGUGUUUUAAUUACAGGGGCAUAUUCAAAAACUAUACUGAAACUUAAGAAAAAUGUGCAUUUUCAUGGGAGGUUCUUUCAGUAUAAGAUAAGGAAAGACUGCUAGUAAUCAAGUGCUUCAAAUGAUUGCAGUGAAGUAUCUUUGGAGGCUUUACCUAUUAUGCAGGUAAAAUAGCUUCAAGGUGAGAAGAAUGACACAAAGGAAGGCAGAUUAAAGCUCAAGGAAGAGUGUUGGGAAUUUCAAGGAACAGUUUAUAACUAUGUUUUGUUAUAUUCGCUGUACAUUGAUGUGAAGUUCAGAGACAACCAAUUGCAUAAUAAUGCAUGAAGUCCAAAUGUCGUGUUAUAUAAACAUUCUAUAUUUUGUCAAGGAAACUGAUUCUGUCACAAAAACCUAUUUUUAAUGGGCUCUUUAUUGUUGCUUUUAAUCCCAUAAUACACUGGUUGAUGUGGUCUGUUGCACUAAGGUCAGUGUAGUGUGUAUUUUUAUGCAGUCGCCAUUUUGUUCACAAUUUGAGAGUGCGUGAUUGUCUGCCAUCUAUUAUAAGGCAUACAUAACGCCAGUGUAAUGGCAAUACUUCAACCAGUAUAUAGCCUUGAUGUGUGUGAUAUUUGGUGAUAUUAUUCCGAAUAAAUAUCUUUCAAAGAGAAAUUCAAGUGAAAGAGGUUGCUCUUCAUGUUAUAUACUUGCAAUCCUGAUAUGAAGGCUUGGACAACUUUAAGACUGGCUUUAUACUUGCAAUCCUGAUAUGAAGGCUUGGACAACUUUAAGACUGGUUUUAUACUUGCAAUCCUGAUAUGAAGGCUUGGACAACUUUAAGACUGGUUUCAUGUGUUAAUGACUUUGAAGUUGUUGUUAUUGUUUUUACAAAACAUUUGGAACAUUUGAUAAUGGCCUAAUAAUGUAAUGAAGUAUUUUUAGGUAAACAGAAUAUCUUUUCUUGGUAUUGUCACUGUGAAGUGCAAUUAAGUUGUUGCCAAGGACUUCUGAUAACUGUUAAUGCUGGGCUUCGUGUCUUAAUGUUGUGACUGAUUAUUGUGCUAUGUUGUUGUUAAUGAAUUUGAUCUCUGAGUUACAUUUGUUGUUACAAACAUUGUUAUUGAUAUUAGACCUUUUUGCCAGCGUUUUUAUAUGUUAUGGUACAUACUCAGACACUUGGGUCUAAUACUGGCAUUUCCCAAACACUUUCAAGGGUUAAAAAAAGAUAAGUAUUGCAUGCCCCUAUUUAGAGAAUCCAAAUACAACCUUUAUAAACUGUAUGUAUUUUGUUAAAACUGUUCAAUCAAGGAAACAUUUACUUAGUGCCUCUUUCAAAAUCAACCAUUUAAUAAUAUGCCUAUGCAUAUAUAGAUGCAUACAUUUCUUUCAGUCUUUAUAACAAAAUGUCUCACAAAGUCUCUAAUCAAUCAUUUGUAUAAUUAAAUUCUAUCAUAAAGUUAUUGUAUUUGUUUUAUAAUCAUUCUAUCAUGUACUUAAAAGUGGGCCCAACGCCUUAUCCACAUUGUUUUUGUAUGCCAUGUGUGCUACUUCAACACAUAAAAUCCUGUAUGCUUUUAUACAUUAUCAUAGAUACCCUGUACAUGUAUUUAUGAUUGACAACAAGAUCAUCUAUAGACUCAAAAAUACAUUUUACAAAAUCUGAAAUAAAAUAAGUCUACAUGAUUUUAAAAUGUGUUAAUUAAAUAAUUGUUUUAUCUGUUAAAUGUCAGGUUUUGAAUUUGUCCUGAUUGUCUCCAUGGUUACCGGUUUUCAGUAUCCAUUGUGACCGGUUUACAGUACAUAUGAACCUUGCUCUGCGAAAAUGGGGCUUAAUUCAAUUGAGUAAACUGGAUUUUUUCUCCUUAACUGGAUUUUUGUUAAGAAGAGACUUUCUUUAAACAAUAAAUUGACUAAAAGCGUAAAUUGUCAUUCAUGAUAAGCCUGUGUGAAAUGCCUGGCUAAUCUGGGAUGACACUCUACGCACACGCUUCAACUCCUGUUUACCCAUAGCCUUGUUCAUAUUAUUGUUUGUAAGAUUAAGUUGUUUUUUUAAUGACUUAUUUUAAAUACAUAUCCUUGGAGACAAAGAACAUACAAUAGUUUCAAAACCACCAUUUAACAUUUGAGCAUAUCUGGGAAAAUCUGGCUUAAUACAUGUGGUAAAAGUAGUCAAUCCCAGAAUAGCCUGUGCAGUGUGAUCUGGAAAAUACUUUAUGACUAGACUGGAUUUUUUAAAGAUUUUUUUUUUGUUUAAGUAAGAGUUCAAUAAAAGUAGCCUGUGCAGAAUUCAGGCUAUUCUGGGACUAUAUUUAACACACAUGCAUUAAGCCAGAUUUUUAUGUUCUCCCAUAUUUUGUGUUCUGUAAUAUGUUUUUGUCAAUGGCAGCCAUCAUUAUUAUCAGUGUUGUUUUAUUUUUGUUAUCAGCUUUGCUUGAUUGGCUAUAAUGUUAAUAUAUAUCAUGGUUUUAUUCCACAAAACAUUAGUGUGUGUAAAGUAAUCAUUCAUCAUGCAGUUUUAAUAAUGCUGCUGUCUUUUUCCGUUUUCUUUGAUUCAUUGUCUCACAGGUACAUGAAUUAUCAGGUCAACUAAUAAGGAAUAAAGAAUAUCUGUUAUGGAGGUAAACUCCACAAGUUAUAACUGAUUCAUUCAUGUCCAUAUGAAGAUUCCCAGUUUUUAAUAAUUAUAAAAAAUAAAAAAUAAACUGAGUGUUUAUUUAAAUGAAACCUGUUUGAUAAUCUAAAACAUAAGUUGUUUGUUGGCACACAAGACCAAUAAUGUAUUAUUGGCAGUCAUGCUAAUGAAUAGGACGAUCAAACUAUUUAUGUAAAUAUUAUGUUUAUAUUAGAUUUUUACAAGUAUAUGAAUUAAUGUAUUUAUCAAAUUUGAAGAAAUUUCAUAAUAUAAUACAGAUUUUUACUAAAAUAUUUUAGGGCAAUUGUCUUAAUAUUUACAUGUAUUUAUUAUAUAUUGUGUACUAAUUAUGGGUUGAUUUUAAAAUAUAAAUUUAUUUAGAAACUUAUUUAGAUUCAGCGUUGUCAAACAAAAUAUUUGUUAAUAACAAUGAUCUGGGUUUUAAAUGCAAAAAAUGAAUUUUGUUGAUAUACAUGAAAUACUUGCUGAUUACUUGUUUGUAUAGAUUUACCGAUAUUUUAAGCGUUUUAAAUUGUAAAUUGUGUGUAAAUAACCUAAUUCAAAAAAUCGAAAUGAUGUUUAACAUUUAAAAUUUCAUAAUUAUUUAUUAUGCAUGGAUUUGUUGAUACACAAUGUAAGAGAGCGUUAAUCUGGGCAUGGUGCCAAUAUUCCAGCCUCACCGUUGGAAAACAGGGCUUAAGGCAUGUGCAUAAAGUAUUGUACCAUAUUUCUAUAAAAGUGGAACGUAUGAUCCGUGAUUAGCCUGCAUGUAUGGCAUAGGUUGGUCUGGGUUGAUACUUGCACUAAGAAUAAGCCCGGUUUUCCCAGGUCUGUUAUUAUUUGUACAUGUAUUUUAUUUUUGACUAUGGCCAUUUGAACACAGACAAUAUCAUGAUAUAAUUUUUGUUUUCUUGCACAUUCGGUAAGUUACAGAAAACGUGUACGAAUUCCUCAUUGCAUUUUGAAUAGAUUUAUAAACAAUACAAUCUGCUUUGUAUUUUCAUUUUUUGUUUGAUACCAUUAUAUUUGAUAGAUGUAACUAAGAGUUAUUGUUAAUGCAUUUGUAACAGACUUUGCUUUUUAUAGUCUAUUUUCUGUUUGAUACAACAGUUUAAAGGUAAUGUCCCAGGCAGGCAUUUCGUGUUAUAAUUCUUUUAUUUUAUAUGCAUUAGGUAAAUGCAGUUUACUUUUUCGUACAUUUUUCUGCAGAUGUUCGAACUGUUUCCAGUUUCUUGUUCAAAGUUCAAUUCUGAUUCUAGUUAAUUAUGUUUUCUCCUUAUUAGUAAUACUGUUUACUGAAAUUAUCCCAGGCAGGAAUAUGAUGUUUACAUUUUUAUUAGUUGCUAUCGUUGCAUCGUUCAACAGUUUUUGAAAAUGUUUGCAAUGUUUCCAGUUUUUCAAGGAGUUAACAGUUAUUGAACAUGUUCAUAUUUUAUUUUGUUGAAAAAAGUUCAAAGUUUUAAGUGUCAUAUCUUCUAAAUGGUUUUGUCACUCUUUGAAGUUGAAAGUUAAAGAAAAACGCAUGUUGAUCAGUUUAUUUUGGAAAUGUAUCAGUCUUCAAAAUAGGCAAUGUUUAUUUAGACUGCUCUUUUCACACCAGUAACCUAUGGGUUAAUGAUACAUAUUUCACACCAGUAACCUAUGGGUUAAUGAUACAUGUUGACUGCUCUUUUCACACCAGUAACCAAUGGGUUAAUGAUACAUGUUUCACACCAGUAACCUAUGGGUUAAUGAUACAUGUUUAUUUAGACUGCUCUUUUCACACCAGUAACCAAUGGGUUAAUGAUACAUGUUUCACACCAGUAAGCUAUGGGUUAAUGAUACAUGUUUGGUGUGUAACCUAUGGGUUAAUGAUACAUGUUGGUGUUAAGAUAAUACAUGUACAUCAGUAUGACUAGUGAGUUAUCUACCAGGACAUGUCAUCCAAGAUAACACUUCAUUGUAUGAAUUACAGCAAGGUAAGCAACAUUGGAUGUCAAAAAGUGUAUAAAGGUGAUUAGUUUGAAUGAUUUGUUUAUUUUAGGCCAAAGAUAAACUACAGAAGACAAUUCAGUAUCAAUAUAUCAUAAUAGUUUAAUUAUAAUCAAAGAUGAACAUGGUUCGUUUUACUGAUAAAAAUCUUACAGGACUCACCAACAUAGCUCAUUUAUGACUGCACCUUUUGUAAAUGAACCCUUAACCACUUAAAAACAUACUUUACCACUUAGAUGCAUAUUUUACUACUAAGAUGCAUAUUUUGACGUGUUUGUAGGCCCUUAGAAAGUUACAUUUAAUUAAAGACCUUUAUUACCAUAUUCAAGUUUUAAAGGCUUCACUUUCAACCCUUAGAUACUGAUGAGCAGCAAACAGCAAAAAACCUGAAUAGACUGCAAGUGGGAGUUACUCGCAGGCUGUUCUUGUUUUAUUCUGUUUGCACAUAGCCAUUUUCACUUUGCCUCUAAAUGGGAAAGGGUUAAGAUACAUAAUUGUUUACCACAAACCAUAUGAAAUUAAAAUUGUGGCUUUAUGACAGACUCCAUUUUUGUCCUUUAAUAUUUCAUACUUCUUAUACAACAGUAUGUUAAGAUAAUAUUUUUAAGAAUUUUUUGUUUUGAAGAAAGUGUUUAUGUUGCUCAAGUAUUUAUGUUUAUUCUAGUAGUUAAUCUUAUGACAUUGUAUACUUGUUAAUAAAUGCACAAAACAACAUUAUGUGGAAAACAAAAUACAUAUGCAUCUCGCUGUGAGGAAAGGGGGUUUAUGUAUGUGCGUAAAGUGUUGUCGUGGAUUAGCCUGUGCAGACUGCACAUGCAUUAAGCCCCUUUUUCUCAAAGGGUGUCCUAUAUCAAUCAAUGUGAUAUAGAUGAUAUUAUGAUAAUCUGUACAUUUCUUUAAGACACAUUGGCAAAGUGAAAAACUUUUAAAUAUUUUCCUUGCUGAUUCACCUUUGUUGUACUUUACUUUAAUCCAUAUUUUCAUUUCAUAUUUUAAAAAACAUUUAAAUUCUUAUCCAUGACUGGAAAACCGAUCACCGGUCACCUUAAAUAUUUUAAAUGUAACUCAUCAUGUUCCACUGUAGGUUUUAGUAUGAAUUACAUAUGCUUUUCGUUAACCGUUUUCACUGUGAACAUUUUAAGGUUAGUACUGAUCCCUUAAUGUUGGUCUGAAUCAUAUGGGUUAGAUUCGUAGCAUGGUGUAUCAAAGGGGUUCUAUGAUGUUUAUCAUUUACAACAUUGCAAUACUUCAUAUAUCAACUGUUCAUCUGCGAACAAUGUGUUGUCUUUAUGUGAACAAUGUGUUCUCUUCAUGUACAUUGUUCAUUCCCACCAAAAAUACAGGAUGUUUAUAUUGUUAUUCAUAUCAUUCUUUUUUAAAUUUAUGAUUUUAUUGUUUUUUAUGUUAUACGAUGAAUUGUGCUCUACUUAUUUUGCUUUUAUUUGUUUAAUUUACUAAUUAGACACAUUUUUUGUUAAAUUUUGUAACUUGUAUGGAAUAUAAUACUAUUCUAUACGUUCUGUACAAUAAACAGUAACUCAGAUUACUAAAAUAAAUACGUUAUAACAAUUGAA